ACCGGGCAGGGUGUAGGGGAGCCUUCAGUGGUUCAUCAGAAUUGUACUUUUUGCCAUGCACUAUGUGAUGUGUGGUAUUAAAGAUACUGUUCUGCUCCAAAGGAUGUCUUGAGUAGAUUUUCACUAAACACAGAAUUCCAUCCCCUCCCCUCCUGGUGCCCCAUUUUGGCGAUAAUGCAGGAGGCACAGAAGAUGCAGGGGCUUUACAAAAUAUCCUUCCUGGCUUGAGAAACACUCAGCUGGCAGCCGUGCACUUUUAUGCACACAAAACCUUCAAAAGCAGCUGUUUCUUGCAGAGCAAAACCCUCACAGCAUAGUUUCCUGUGAGAAUGGGGGCUCAUGAUUCCCACAGUUUCCUGUGGGAAUGGAUGAACUCGUGUUGCAGUAGAAGCAGAAACAGGAUCGUUUUGUUGUCCCUAGCUGCCAGCUCCACAGAAGUAGUACUAGGGCAGGCAGUACUUUUGGGAUCCACCCCUCUUCGUCAGGUUUUUUGAGCUUUGAGAGUUGGGAUUAUGGUGGGAGAAAGGUAGCACAUAUAUGUACAUGGAGACUGUAUGAUCACAUACACCUUCUUUCCAUAGAAAAGCCUAAGCCAGAGGCACAUCUCCAAAAGAGCAGCAGUCACCAUGAAGAAGAGUAAGGACAGAGUGGGAAAACCCUGCAGAAAAGGCUGAAGAUAAGCUGGCCUUCCUGAUGCCUGGCUCUAACUACUUUGGCAGGCCUGGCAGUGCAGCAUGAUUAGGAUGAGGAGGAAGAAACUGUGGGCAUCUUGCUUAUGCUUUGCAGCAGCCUUCUUCCUUGUGGUGACACUCCAGGUUAUCACUGAACUGAGCAAUUCAGAGAAUAAGGUGGCAGUAAUCUCCAGUUUACAGAAUAGCCCACUAAAGCCUGUGGAGAGAUACGCUUUUCAGUUCAAGGAGCAGGACCUUCGCAGCAGCUUCAAGGCAGAAUCUGAUGUAAAUCACUAUCCUGUCCUGCUCUGGUGGUCUCCCCUGACUGGGGAGAAAGGGAGAUUGGGUCAGUGCGGAGAGGACGUUUGCUUCUUUACUAUCAACAAGACCUACCAGCAUAAUGAGAUGACGAGAGCAUUUCUGUUCUAUGGUACUGACUUCAGUAUAGACAGCCUACCUCUCCCUCGGAAAGACUAUCAUGAUUGGGCUCUUUUCCAUGAAGAGUCACCAAAAAACAACUACAAACUCUUCCACGAACUGACCAUCACCUUAUUCAACCACACUGCAACCUUUAGCCGCCACUCUCACCUACCACUGACCACUCAGUACCUUGAGGGCAUAGAGGUCCUGAAAUCAUUGAGGUACAUGAUCCCACUGCAGGUGAAGAACAGCCUGAGGAAGAGGCUUGCACCGCUUGUAUAUGUGCAGUCUGAUUGCAACCCUCCUUCUGAUCGGGACAGUUACGUGCGUGAGCUCAUGUGUCACAUUGAAGUAGACUCUUAUGGGGAAUGUCUACAUAACAGAGACCUUCCUCAGCAUCUUAGAGGUCCAACUGCCAUGGAUGAUGGGAACUUCUAUAAAAUACUGGCACAGUACAAGUUCAUUCUUGCUUUUGAAAAUGCUAUCUGUGAAGAUUACAUCACUGAAAAACUGUGGCGGCCACUGAAGUUGGGAGUGGUACCAGUGUACUUUGGGUCUCCUAGCAUUGUAGACUGGCUUCCUAGUAACAAGAGUGCAAUCCUGGUAUCCAGUUUUUCACACCCUCGGGAGCUGGCCCAUUAUAUCAAAACACUUGAUACAAACAAUCAAGAAUAUGAGUCCUACUUGCAAUGGAAACUAAAAGGGGACAUUUCCAACCCAAGGCUGCUUACAGCAAUGAAGGAACGCAAGUGGGGAGUGCAAGAUAUCACCCAGGACAAUUACAUUGACACCUUUGAGUGCAUGGUGUGUAACAGAGUGUGGGAAAACAUCAGAAGGGAAGAAAAGGGAUGGCUGCCCCAGAGGUGGAAAGCUCAGGUCAACCAUUUGAGCUGCCCCAAACCAACAGCAUUCUCGUUCUCGACCUCAAACCCUGGCUGGACUUCUCUCCAUGAGAUGUGGAUACCAAGCUUUGAGCAAUCCAAGAAAGAAGCCUGGGCACUGAGGCACCUGGUGGAAAGGAACAGGAAUUUUACAGCUCAAGAAUUUUGGAUGCUUGUAUUCAAAGAAUAAACACAAAAACCUGUAAAAUAGAAUGAGCUUCUCAGA